CUGCGGCCGUGCAGAAGGGAUCUUCUGCCGGGGUGCCGGUCUGGGAGCGGCAGAGCGGCCGUCUGUUCGGUGCCGGCGCCGCGCUGUGCUGAGGAGCGGUGCCGGAGGUGAUCCCGAAUCCUUUCGGCGGAUCCUCGUCCGUCGCUGUGUCGAUCUUCCGAGGUCUGGGAAGGGGGCUCGCUUCUGUAGGGCAGCUUCCCUUAAUCGGAAGCUCACGGCUCCUGUGAAACUUCUGCCUUUCAUCUGUGAUCAUCCCUGACACGUUAUCUGCAGGAGAGCAACAAAUGGCCACAGUGCAUCCAUCUCAGCCUCCAAACCGGUGGUGAUCUCCCUGCUUGAGGAAGGGGAAGACCCCUGGAUCCCAGAUGUGCAUGGCCUGGGGGACAUGGCAGGAGACCUCAGCCCAGCAGGGGAUAGGAUGACAGCUAUAGAGGAGGUUCUGCAGAAGUGCGAUGUGGCCAAAUGGCAGUGGGGCAGUGCUUCGGUGGGAAAAGCCAGAAGGGAUGUGCAAGGGGCUCUGGAGCAGGGAGAGCACCUGAAGAAGCAACAGGGAAACCCUCAGAGAGAGAUCGUGAGGGACCUCCUGGACUGCAGCGCAGGUCAAAAGCAGUCUGAAGAUGCAAGGAGCAAGGAAGCGUGCCAGGAGAAAAGGCAGAACCCAAGUGCUGAGUGUGAGAACAGCCUUAAAAGGAACUCUGGCCUUGUUAACCGCCAGAGCAUCCACGUAGGAGGCAUUCGGUUUAAAUGCCUCGAGUGUGAAAAGAGGAACAUGAAAAGCUGCAGCUUGCUUAUCCACCAGCAGGACCACGCAGAAGAGAGACCCUUCAAGUGUCCUGAGUGUGGGAAGAGCUUCAGAAGCAGUUCGAACCUCAGCCGCCACCAGCGCAUCCACACAGGAGAGAGACCCUUCCAGUGCCCUGAGUGUGGGAAGAGCUUCAGAAGCAGUUCUGACCUCAUUGUCCACCAUCGCAUCCAUACAGGGGAGAGACCUUUUAAGUGUCCAGAGUGUCCAAAGAGCUUCAAAAGCAGCGCUCACCUCACCUCCCACCAGCGCAUCCACACAGGAGAGAGACCCUUUAAGUGCCAGGAAUGUGAGAAGACCUUCAAAUGCAGUUCCCACCUCAUCCACCACCAGCACAUCCACACAGGAGAGAGACCCUUCAAGUGCCCUGAGUGUGGGAAGAGCUUCAGUAGCAGUUCGAAUCUCACUGACCACCAGCGCAUCCACACCGGGGAGAGACGUUUUAAGUGCCCUGAGUGUGGGAAGAGCUUCAGCAGCAGUUCCAACGUCGUUAUCCACCAGCGCAUCCACACCGGAGAGAGACCCUUCAAGUGCCACGAGUGUGGGAAGAGCUUCAAAAGCAGUUCCACCCUCAUCAACCACCAGCGCAUCCACACAGAGGAGAGACCCUUCCAGUGCCCCGAGUGUGGGAAGAGCUUCAAAAGCAGUUCUGAUCUCAUUGUCCACCUGCGCGUCCACACGGGAUAUAAGCCCUACAGGUGCUCAGAGUGUGGGAAGAGCUUCAAAAGAAGUUCUGAACUGAAGUGCCACCAGCGUAUCCACACGGGGGAGAGACCUUUUGAGUGCUCCGAGUGCGGGAAGAGCUUCAGCAGCAGUUCCAGCCUCAGUUACCACCAGCACAUCCACACAGGAGAGAGACCUUACCAGUGCUCUGAGUGUGAGAAGAGCUUCAAAACCUCUUCGUACCUGAUUGUCCACCAACGAAUCCACACAGGAGAGAGACCCUACCAGUGCUGUGAGUGUGGGAAGAGCUUUAGCAGCAGUUCUAAACUCAACUCCCACAAGCGCGUCCACAGAGGAGACAGUCCAUGAAAGUGCCCUGAGUUUGUGCGGAGCUUAAAUUUCAGUUCCUGCCUCCCUACCUACUUGCACAUCCUCACAAGAGACAGAGCCUGCGAGUCCCAACCUUCUUCACCUGACAGGUAAUGUGGUGCAGCCAGCAGGGAGGGCUCGCUGUAAUGAAGGCGUGUUCCAGUGCGUGUGAACUGGGAGAUCCACCCUGAGCCCAGCAGGGAACGGUGCAUGUGGCUGAGAGCGGGGAAAUACAAACCCCAUCCAUGUUUGGGUACCCGACCUCAGUUGCAGGACAGAUCCAACCCCUCCCGUUCCCUUCCUUAUUCUGGUUAUUAUCGCUUAUGAAAAUCGACUUCUGCUUUUUCUGUCUUCUCCUGUUCACCACUCCAUUACCUGCUGGAGAACUACCGUUUGGUGACAUUUUACUGCUGCUACCAAGUCAAGCCGCAAUGGCUGCAACACAGAUUUGAAGUUCCCUCAAUGACCUCCAGCUUCAGAAGUCCCUGAAUUAGCAAGCCCCUUUCCCUGAAUGGGGCGCAGAAGAGAGCACUGUAAAGAGGCAGCAUCCCAGCUGGGGUCACGUAAGAGACACCUCUGCAAGCACAGCAGGCAGUGCUACGUGUGUCCUGCUCGAGGGUCGUCAUCGCCACUCCAGUGCUCAGAGCAGGUGCUCACAUUUUCACUUGGGUGUAUUUGGAUCAGUCAGCUCCUGGUUUCUCCCCGACCAGCAGGAGAGUUUUCCCAUGCUUUGGAUGGACUGUAGCUCCCUUCUUGACCUUAGAUCCAUUCUUGGUGUUUCGGGCACAUGUAAAUACUCUUCCCCUUUCCUCCUUGGCAUGGGAAUUACACAUAUUGCUCUCUGUCAGCUGGGCAUAGGGUGGAUAUGCAAAGGAGCUUGCAGUUGGCACUGACAUGAUUGAGAGCCUCUGGGUACUGGUUAAGGGACGAGACAGUUAAGUGGGAAUCUACCAUAAGACAGUGAUUCCAAUUAAUGAUUCUGUAUGGAAUUAAGUGAUAUCCCCAGAACAGCAUCUCUUGCCCGUGGCACUGGAGUCCAUCAGUGCUGGUCACUAUUUAUCUCUCAAGAGUACUGGUGCAGGUAGAAGCAGACUGCUGGUAGUCAGGAAGAGGGACUGAAGUCCAGCUUAUCUGAGCAGAGUUCUUCUUUUUGAGUUCAGGUGGAAAGGAAAGUGAAUGGACACUGGCAGUCAAAUCAGUGGGGGAACUACAGAAAUGCUGCCUACUCUCCUGAGGGGAAUGCUUAUGCUGUCCAAGUUCAGAGCUGAAGCUGGCCACUCGUGUGGGGGACGAUGGAAAGGCUUCUUCAUGUAACCAGCAAAAAGAGGAUCGUGGAUGACAUCUCUUUGUUACUUGAUGAGGUUGAUCACCUCAUAAGUCGGGACACAGAACAGAAGCAGAGUCACAGAAUGCAUUUUUUUUCACCUCUGCACUGAACGCUGUAGGUGGGUCCUGGGACUCCUGGAGCCCUACGUUGAGGGCCACGACUGCACUGAUGAUAAACUUCCAGUGGACUGUGAAUGUGGGUGGGAUUUGCUGCUCCAGUUGCAUGCAUGUAAAUCUAUGGCCCAUGGAGUUUAUCCAUGGAUCCUGGGAAUUGCAAGAUGUCCCAGUUGUCUGGAAGUUGGGAAACAUCUCAGUUUCCAGGAAGGACAAGAAGGAAGACCUUGCCAAUUCCAGUCCUGCCAGUCUCCCUUUGGUGCCUGGCAAAAUUAGGGAAGAGGUCGUUGUGAGAGUUACUAAAAAACGCUUCAAAGACAGGAGUUUUGAAGGGGGUUGGAGUUCACUUUGCUCAAUCCUGCUACUUGGGGGGCUAGCUGGGCAUUGUUCUGGGAGUGGUGAGCAAUUGCUUGUGCAUCACUUGUUAUAUACGUUGCUAUAGAGAGAGAGAUAUUUGUCAUAAUGAUUAUCCUUUUCCUUUCCUCUGUGUUUAGUAAAUAACUGUUUUGUUUGUUA